AUGUCUCAAAACGGAUGGGGAGUUGACUCUUAUACACAACGAUUAACACAAGAAAACAAAAUGCUUGGCGCACUUCGCUCGGCUCGGAGAGUGGAACUUGUUUCAAAGCGCCGGAUUAUCGAAGAUGAUACUAUACCUUCGGAUAUACCUCAACGACCCCUCAUCGAUAUAUUAACCGACGUCAAUCAAUGUGACAAAGGCGAUGAGCGGAAAUUGAAAGACCUUUUAACAGAGAUCGGCUAUUUUCUGUCGAGAUACAACAACACUUGUAUAAACGCGAACGCAAUACAUAACAUCGCUAUCAAUAUCAUACCCCUAUUAACACAACAAAACACGAGUUAUGAGAUCAUAAUGCAAUGUCUUAUGGUCUUAACAAGUAUCACAUAUUUGCCAUACGAUAUCUUUAAACCGCUCAUCCCACUUGGGGUGUUCCAAGUUGUGAUGUUUUACAUGAAGUCGAGCGAAAUCAAAAUUGUUGCGUUCGCGAUGAUCGCAAUUGCUAAUGCGGCAGUUGAAAGCGUCGAAGUGUUUGACUAUGUUGCGCAGUUAGGGUUUAUGGACAUCAUGAAAAGUUACUCCACACAGAUUCCAUCAAAACUGAUCAACGCGUACACCUUCGCUUUCAAGACAGUUGGAAUAGUCAUGAAUCAAAAGAAGUGUCGGGACAUGACCACUUUGUGUCAAUUAACACCUGUUGCUGUGUUUGAUAUUCCAGAAAACACUUAUGAUGAAUCGUCAUCGUUUGUUGAAGACACGUUGUGGGGGAUAUCAUUUGCGUGCGAUGACCAAAGAUGCAUCGAGUUUUAUUAUCAAAACAACGUCUUCAAAAGAAUGUUACUGUUGCUUCGAAGAAAGCGAGUGCAAAUCAUUAGAAGCAUCAUUGCGGUGUAUAAGAAAUGCUUAUAUAACAACCCUAUUAUAUGUAAACACCUCAUUGAAAAUAGAUUAUUGGAGUACUUGAGCGCAUUACUAAUGUUGGGAGAGGAGAAUAUAACAACAGACACAUUGUUUCUCAUCUCAAAUUUAGUCUCAGAAAUUGACAUCUAUGAAAUGGUCGUCAACUCGAAAAUUGUCGAUUUGGUCACAAACAAAUACAACUCGUUUUCAGUGAUAAACAAAAGAGAGGCAAACUACAUGUUCACUAAUUUGUUAAGUGUCGCAAGUGACGAUUGUAUAAUGGCGUUGGUGCAGAACGAACUCUUUUAUUCAAUCCUUGCCUCAAUGGUAACACAAGAUGUUAAAACAGUCCGGUUGUUGCUUUAUGGGAUACAGAAAGUUAUACUUGUUGGAGACAGCUAUAAGGAAAAUGGUGUAAAUAUCAUCAGAGAUAAACUCAAUGAAGCAGGGGUUGUGAAAUUGUUGGAAUAUUAUGCAUUUGAAAUCAACGAUUUGGAAGUUAAAAAAAAUGCAGAAUCUGUGUUGGUGGAGUACUUCGAUUGGAAUGGUAUUAAUAACACAGAUCUCGAUCUCAAUUUCUAA